ACCACCCUUCCGCGUAGCCGAACCGCAGCCUCAGAACCAAUCCACUUCCGCUCUCGGCUGAGGAACUCCGGAAGUGAGUAGCAGCCUCGCCAUCGGCGCCACCUCGCCCAAGAUGGCGGACCUCCACCGCCAGCUGCAAGACUACUUGGCGCACGGGAAAGAGGGCAGACCGGCAGACACAGAGCCGCUGCUCACCAAGGGGACAGCAGAAAAGCCCGCGCCUGGGGACGGACCCGCUGGAGCGUGGCUGGGUCUGACGGGCUCGCGAUGGACUUGGGCACGGAGCCCCGCGGAGGCAGCGACAGCGGGCCUGGGGUGCAUGCCGACCGUGACGCGCGGGCAACGCCUAGCGGCGGGCGGCAUAUGCCUGCUACUGGCCGCGCUCUGCUUUGCCCUGGCGGCGCUAUACGCCCCAGUGCUGCUGCUGCGUGCGCGCAAGUUCGCACUGCUCUGGUCGCUGGGUUCGGUUUUGGCGCUAGCGGGUGGCGCGCUGCUGCGGGGCGGCGCAGCUUGCGGACGCCUCCUGCGCGGAGAGGAGACGCCUUCGCGACCGGCGCUGUGUUACGCGGCCGCGCUGGGCGCCACGCUCUACGCUGCGUUGGGCUUGCGCAGUACGCUUCUCACUGCGCUCGGCGCCUUCGCACAAGUGGCCGCAUUGCUCUACGCGUUGAUGGACCUGCUGCCCUGGGGCGGCGGCGCUGCGCUGCGUCUAGCUCUGAGCCGCCUGGGCCGUGGUGCCAGCCUGGCCAACACACUUCCGGUGUGACACUCCCGAACAGAAGGAGGCGGAGCUAGCCGGGGACCCGUCGCCGGUUGGUGUCCGCACCGCCACACUCCUCCUUGAUCCUCGGGUCGUGCAAAGCCAGGCACCCCCUGGACUGUGCGGGUGGUCAAUGAACUUGGGAGCAGCUGUCAUGAACUGACCGGUGCACCUGCUCAGAAGAUGCUGUUUCCGCGUCCUCGAUGGUUCCACCUAGCAUGGGCUCUGAAAAGAUAUUUUGCCGAACUGGUAACAUGCUGUGAAACAACUAUCGGUAGUUGUUGCACUAACUGGUUUAAUGUGCUCAGUUUUAAAAAAUGACUGGUUUUCUCAAUUAGCUGCUUUUGUUGCCUUUGGCAGAUAGUCUUUUUGUCUUUAAAAAAAAUGCAGUGGUAACAGAUCGAAAGCUUUCGGUUUUGUUGAUGCUUACGAUUUGGAAAUUAUUUUGCUCUAUUCAGUAUAAAUACAGGGAUUACUAAGCACUAAGUUUACUUAACCACUGGAUUUUUGAAAGUUAUUAAUAUAAUACAGUCUACCUCCGGUUCCAUUCUUCAGCUAAAUGGUAAACAUGGUGCCUUAUAACAUUAAAGGAAAAUUACUCCUGAAGACUAUGGACCAAGAGAGAUUUUCUAGACCAAGCAGCCAGAUAUCCAUAAUGAUGCAUGUCAAUGUUUGCUAAGGUCUUUGCAGAACUGGGUAAGGAGCCUCUGGAAACAGGAAAAUCUACUUGACAACUACCAUAUUUGACUCACCAGGCUCUCAUAUUCCUCAUUUUAUUGCCUGCUUUAAAGGUAUUAUACAGUUUGAUACUAAUGCAAUGCAAAAUGCUUUUCAUAUAUCAUGGCUGGUUCCUUCCAGGCUCACUCAGUAGGUGGUUUUGUUUUUGUGUUGCUGGGGCUCAUCAGCAUUUAAAACUACCUUAAUUUAUUGCCAGUUUGGGUCCAGUAUUCUGAUGAGUUGGGAAAACUACAUGUUUUGUUAGUAACUACAGACUAGAAAGUGAAGUGUAUUUAGAACUUAAUAAUUUUAUAGUAUUGCAGUGGGUCUCACAUUUGACUGGCACAUCAGUUUCUUGAAGAGCCACGUGGCAUCAAUUCUACAAUGUUGGUGGGUGGAUCAGCCAUUAGUAUAUUUUUUAAGCUCCCCAGAUGUUCAUGUCUUCAGCCAAGGUUGAGAACCACUUCUGUGCACUGUUUUGCACAUUUUGAAAGUUAAGUGUUUUCCAGGUUAACUGUUUUCCAGGCUGCACUCCACUGUUGCCUUAACUAUGUCAGCUAAAGAUAAAGCACCGUUGCUUCUUUAGUCCCCAUAUGUGUUCUUAGGUCAGUGCCCUCAGCCCUGCCCCAGGGUGUGAUUCUGCAGUGACCAAUACCCCUUCAUAGACUUGUAGAUACCAUCCUCCUUAAUAUUCCCUAGGAAUCAUGCCAUGUUCCUUGUGGAAAAUAGAGCUACCUACCUCAGGAGAGGACAUGCUGUUUUCAAGGAGUGAUGUACACAUUUUUAUGUUAACUAUUUAAAAAUUGUUUCCAACACUCUCAAGAAUUCAUGGCUUGAAAAUACAAGUUUUGUAAAAUUGUGAGCACAGUAUCUUAUAUUUUGACAGCAAUGUUAAAAUGCUAUGAGCAAUGAAUAAUGUACAGAUUCUGUUUUAUAAAUGAA